CCCCCUUCUCCUCUUCAUCCAACCUAUCCUUCACUCAUCGUUUCCAACCUACAAUUAUCGUCUUCUCUAUCGUUUCUUCUGCCGUGUUUACUUAUUUACUUUGCCCAGCAUGAAAGGCUUCCUCAGCCUAACCGUGCUCCCGUUGUUGGCAGCUGCCUCGCCCGUGACAGUAGGCUCCAUCCACAACGAUGCAGCUCCUAUCCUCUCCUCCAUGACCUCCCGAGAUAUCCCGGAUUCCUAUAUCGUUGUAUUCAAGAAGCAUGUUGACGAGAGCUCUGCCUCCGCUCACCAGAGCUGGUUACAGGAGGUGCACACCGCUCAUACCGGUCGGAUGGAGUUGAAGAAGCGCUCCCUGUUCGGCUUUGACUUUGAGGCUUUCAUGGGCCUGAAGCACACUUUCCAAAUUGCUGGAUCUCUUACAGGAUAUGCUGGUCAUUUCCACGAGGAUGUCAUCGAGCAGAUCCGCCGUCAUCCUGAUGUUGACUACAUUGAGAAGGACUCUGAGGUCCGUACUAUGACCGAUGGUACUGUUGAGAAGAACGCCCCUUGGGGUCUUGCCCGUAUCUCUCACCGGGAAAGCCUCUCCUUCGGCAACUUCAACAAGUAUUUGUAUGCCGAGGAGGGUGGUGAGGGUGUCGAUGCCUACGUUAUUGAUACUGGCACCAACACCAAGCACGUUGACUUCGAGGGCCGUGCUGCAUGGGGCAAGACCAUCCCCCAGGGUGAUGCCGAUGAGGAUGGAAAUGGUCACGGAACUCACUGCUCUGGAACUAUUGCCGGCAAGAAGUUUGGUGUUGCUAAGAAGGCCAACGUUUACGCUGUUAAGGUUCUUCGCUCUAACGGCUCGGGUACUAUGUCCGAUGUCGUCAAGGGUGUUGAAUGGGCGGCCGAGGCUCACAUCAAGAAGUCCAAGAAAGGCGACAAGAAGUUCAAGGGUAGCGUUGCCAACAUGUCUCUCGGUGGUGGUAGCUCCCGCACCCUGGAUCUUGCUGUGAAUGCCGCUGUUGACGCUGGUAUUCACUUCGCUGUUGCUGCCGGUAAUGACAACGCUGACGCCUGCAACUACUCCCCCGCCGCUGCCGAGAAGGCCGUCACUGUUGGCGCCUCCACCUUGGCCGAUGAGCGUGCUUACUUCUCCAACUACGGCAAGUGCACUGACAUCUUCGCCCCCGGUCUGAACAUCCUCUCCACCUGGGUUGGUAGCGAGCAUGCCACCAAUACCAUUUCUGGCACCUCCAUGGCUUCUCCUCACAUCGCCGGUUUGCUGGCCUACUACGUCUCCCUGGUACCCGCCAAGGACUCCGCCUAUGCCGUCGCCGAUGUCACCCCCAAGCAGCUCAAGGCCACUCUUAUUAACGUAGCCACUGAGGGCACCCUUACUGACAUUCCCUCCGACACCCCCAACCUUCUCGCCUGGAACGGUGGUGGUUCCGCCAACUACACCAAGAUCGUUGCCGAAGGUGGUUACAAGGCUGGUGUCAAGGCUAAGGAGCCCACUGUCGAUGAGCGUAUUGGCAGCAUCAUCGACAACGCUGAGAAGGCCUUCCACAAGGAGCUUGGCGCUAUCUACAGCGAGAUCAAGGAUGCUGUCUCUGCAUAGAUUAGAUGGUUGUUAGGGUUCUGUCUGUGACAAACCCCACAGCUCGGGCAUACGGAUGGAUGGAUUAACACAGGCGCACAUCAU